GCUCAACGCGCUAGGAUCUUCCUGGAAGGUUCUGGGACCCGGUGGGAGGGAAUACCGGAGGGUGACUCGGCAGCACGGGACCGUGAGUCAGCAUGAGGGGCAGUUAUAUAACGGGAAGGAGGGCAGGAGGCCGCAGGAGAACCGCACGGAGUAGGUUACUCAGCAGAAAGUCAGUACGGCUGAUCUUGAACAAUGGAGUUUCUGGAUCUAGGAAAACAUUGCUCAGAGUCCACAUGCAAACAGCUUGAUUUCCUUCCCUUAAAAUGCGAUGCCUGUGAAGACGUUUUCUGCAAAGAUCACAUCACGUAUGACCAGCACAAGUGUGCUUCUGCCUACAAGAAGAAUAUGCAGGUUCCGGUUUGUCCGCUUUGCUCUGCCCCAGUUCCAGUUAAGCGAGGAGAAAUGCCAGAUCUUGCUGUUGGCCGUCACAUUGACAGAAAUUGCAGUUCUGACUUGUCAAGUUGUAAGAAAAAGAUUUUCACAAACCGCUGUUUAAAACCUGGAUGCAAGAAGAAAGAACUCAUGGAGGUCUUAUGUGACCAGUGCCACAAUAACUUCUGCCUGUCUCACAGGCAUCCUUUGGACCAUGACUGCAGGGCUAAUGGUCGUCUACUCUCAAAAGCUGGACAUGCUGCUCUAAAUAGAUCCCUGAAGUUUUUCCAAAAAGAAAAUCCCACAGAGAAAGUCACAUGCAGGAUGGCACGGAUCCAACCUUCUGGAAAUGGACACUUACCCCAGGAGAGCAUUCAUAUUCCACUGCGUGAAAGACCGGACUCACGUUUUGUGGACUUCCAAAACGAAAUGAGUGAAGAUGAAGCUUUAAAGAAGGCCUUGGAACUCUCUUUACUGGAAACUGGAAUACACAAUGUCCUUACUCUAAGUCAUCCAGAAGAUGAUGAAUUGGCUCACUCAUCAGUGGCCAGCAGGGAAGAGUACAGAACCUGUCGACUGAAAGGCGUGAAAGCCACAGGAAAGUGAACUACAAGCGAGAUCAACAUUUAAAAUGUCCACAUUAGUUUAUAAGACACAUUAACUUUAUGGGCUGCUGCGGAAUUAAUCAUAAAUUAAUUCCUGAUAUGCUGAGUUAGCUGGUGCUACUAUUUUUGUAAUGGGUUAUUCUAACUUUGGAGCUUUCUUUAUAACAUUAAACAUCGAUAGUAUAGAAUGCCGCUAAAAUGAUUGAGAAAUUCCAUGUUAGUUCCUGAAAAUGUAAUGUGAGCGAUUUGAAAAUAUGAUAUUCUAAGAGAGAAUACAAAUUCCAAAAUGUACAUAUUUAAAGUAUUUGCUGGGUUUUUAAAUACUGAAUAAAUUAU